AAAUAGAGAAUAAAAAUUCAUUAAAAUGGUAUAUUUGUCAUAAAUAAGAAUAAGAAGCUGACUAGUAAUCAAAUACUACUAUGACCAAUACUAUCAUAAAUAAUACUGCUACAAAUAUUUUCUUAUAUCCCUCAUCAUGCUGAACUCUUGCUAAAGCAAGGGGAUGUUUGGACACUAUCUUGAAAUUGGAAACUUUGAGAAGAGAGCGUCAGAGCGUCAGAAGUGUGUUGGAGAAGAGAGAUGUGCAGAUAUCGUUUUUGUUUACGAGGAGGCUCUACGUGGGAGGAAUCUGCUUCAGGCUAAAAAAGGUUGCCCGGUUAACUUUGAGAUUCAAAACUACACAAUAAUAACGAGCCAAUGCAAGGGGCCGGAGUACCCGCCAAAGCAAUGCUGCAAUGCUCUUUUGCAAUUCGCCUGUCCGUACGCCGCCGAUAUCAACGACGUCGCCACCGAUUGCGCCGACGCUAUGUUCAGCUACAUCAACCUCUACGGGAAGUACCCGCCGGGACUGUUCGCCAACGAGUGCAGGGGAGAUAAGCUCGGCCUCCGGUGCACCGAAACUGCUCCGGCAACGGCGGCGGAGGCUUCAGAUCACGGCGGCUGCCGCAGUCAUCUCUUGCUUGCACUCGUUGCUUUUCUAAUAUCAGCCAUGAUGUAACAACCAACUCUCUUUGUUAGAUAUAUUUUCGCUCUUGUUCAAAAAAUCUUUUCUAUUUUGAUCUUUUUGAUCAAACAAUGACACACCACUUUGAUUAGACAUAUAAUUUUUUAAGAUAUCAAUUUUUUAUAUCAUUUAUGAGAAAAAUUUAUCGUUUAAUUUCAAAUUCUUCAGAAAUUGCAUAAUUUUACUCGAAAUAUUAAAAAGUAUACCAAAUA